AAAAAAAAUUGUGUAAAAGUUGGUUUCAUAUUCAAAAUUAAUUUUGGAUAAAAAAAUAUCUUCAUUUGGUGAAUAUUUUCUGACGCGUCUUCGAGCCCAGACAGAGCAAGAUGUGUAAGCGUCCGGCUUGUCCCCCUCCUCCGCCGCCAUGCAAGCCCGGGCCGACUCUCUGGACCAAGCUCAACUGUGUUCCCUGCAACCGAUUGGCCUUCUUUCUGGUCGGGGCCGGCAUUGGGCUGUACUACGACCAGAUGAAGCAGGAAAUGAAGAAGGCCCAGGAAGAGCCGGCCAAGCAGGUCCAGAAGACCCCCAAAGAGCUGGAGAAAGAGAAAAAGGAGCGCGACAAGAAGGAGGAGAGGAAAGAGAAGGAAAAGAAAGAGAAGGCUCAGCAAGAGAAGGAGCGGAAGGAGAGGGAGAAAAAGGAAAAGAAAUGAACAACACUUGCGCAGAACCCUCUACAGCUGUUUAUCACCAAGAAGAUCCCCAUCCCCAAGUUAUAAAUUUUCAGUUCAAGCUUAGACCCCAAUAAACCAAUUCUUAUCACUCGAA